AUGUCUAACACCGAGAGAACUUUCAUUGCCGUCAAGCCAGAUGGUGUCCAGAGAGGUUUGUUCCCAGAAAUCCUCUCCAGAUUUUUCAACAAGGGUUACAAAUUGGUUGCCAUCAAGCUCACCAUGGCCAACGAGCCAUUGCUGAGAGAGCACUACGCUGACUUGCAGAGCAAGCCAUUUUUCCCAUCCUUGUUGUCUUACAUGUUGUCUGGUCCAGUUUUGGCCACCGUCUGGGAAGGUAAGGAUGUUGUCAAGCAGGGCCGUAUCUUGUUGGGUGCUACCAACCCAUUGGCUUCCGCUCCAGGCACCAUCAGAGGCGAUUUUGCCGUCGACAUGGGCAGAAACAUCAUCCACGGUUCCGACUCUGUUGAGACCGCUGAGAAGGAGAUUGCUCUUUGGUUCAAGAAGGAGGAGUUGGUUGACUACAAGCCAACCCUGUACAGCUGGAUCUACGAAUAA